AUGUCAACACAGACCUCCUCGCGUCAGGCGGCCAACUCGCUUUCCGAUCCACCCGAGCAGGGCACGCUCUCCUAUGCCUACCGACGAUCUGUAGUCGCACUUCAGAGCGUGUUCGGCGGCAGCAAGGAUUCGCAAUACGCUGAACGAGAGCCUUUGCUCAACAACCAGCAGAACGACAACACUGAUGCCUCCGGAUCCAAUGGCUACGGCGCCGUCGCCUCCUCCUCGAACGCAGAGUCGUCACGUCCUCGCAUCCGCAAGCCCAAGAAGGUGGUCUCGCAAAGCAAGGUCGAGGCCAAGGUGUGGUUCGCCAACGAGCGUACCUGGAUCUCGUGGCUGCGUGUUUCCAUCCUGAUCGGAUCGUUUGCUCUGGCGCUGUUCAACUCGGAUACUUUCUUCAAGCACCACAACGACUCGCAUCCUGGUCACCGCGACAACUACCUCACCUCGGGCUCCAUCAAGGCAUUCGGUGCUGCCUACGCCGGUAUCGCUGUGCUGACGCUGCUGUGGGGCCUGUACAGCUACCAACGACGUGUGACGCUCAUCAAGACCAAAUACCCGGGCAACUUUGACGAUCUCAUCGGCCCACCUCUCAUCUGCGCUGCCCUGUUCAUCGCUGUGCUGCUCAACUUUAUCAUCCGAGUCAAGCAGCGUGACUACGAGUCGCAUCACUGA